AUUGCCAAGAGACAAGCGCGCAGUUCGGUCAAAGCGCAGAGAAUGCAAUUGUGAGACGACCUGUGGUUAAAAUUCUGUGUGUUACUGUGUCGGAAUUUGUGGAGUUCUUUAGAAAGCCAUUUUGGUUUUAUAUUAUAGAACGACGUCGGUUAGCCGUGGCUAGCCGAUGGAGGAGACAUCGACACGGUUAUACAGAAUGGGAAAGUACACACACGUUAAUUGUCGGCAAUGUAAGCUCACGAAAACGUCAAACAAUCAUCACGUUAGCCUGAGACGCAAUUCAAGUGAGCGAAGGUAUUCGUACGCGAAUAAUUGCGCCGAGAUAAUGCGUCAAGAGUGUAUACCUAGCACCAGACAAGAAGCGAGAAAUGCGUCGGAUUAUUCUACGAGAAGCGCGUCGGAUUUGUAUUCUAGCGACGCGCAAGAAUCGUGCAUAAAUUCCGCGCAGGAAUCCUGUAUAAAUUGCGCAAACUGUUCAUGCGAAUCCCAAGCGGGCGAACGGCUUCACGCUGCGGGAAAGGAACUCGGAUAUCGUGGGAAAAAGGGUUUGAAAACUCGAAGCCGAAGUGUUGCUGGUCAGAAGCAAAACGGACAAAGGUUUCUGACCCGUUCAACGUCGUGCGGGAACGUGCGUUAUGCAGAUUAUCGUGCCAACGAGUCGUGCACUAGCUCAGGAACGGAUAGCGAAUGUUCAGACACGUUUGAAAGUUCGUCUAAUACUGCUGGCACUUGUCUAGAGUGUCGUGGUGAUGUAAAGUCCCUUAAAAGUUCCAAGGGAAUGUCGAGCAUGCCUGAUUUGAUGAGGGGAUUGAACAAUAAUAAUAACACCCAAGAUGGAGCAAGCGUCCUAGCCGGGAAUAAUCAUCUGGGUCUGGAGGUUAUGCUUUCGCUGAUAAACGGCCCGAUGCAAUCAGUAAUUGACAGCAAGGACGAGAAGAUAAGAUCGCAGGAACGCAUCAUUGAGCGCUUGGAAUGCGAAAAUAAACAAAUAAAAUCGGAACGGCAACCGGGGGACGCGACGAAAAUAUUCACUUUGGAAAAAACUCUCGAGAAUUGCGUACGACAAAUCGAGCAGCUCGAGGAGGCGAACAAGACGGCGCAGGAAAAGGUACGUCUGCUCGAAGACCUGCGCAAAAACGACAAGGAGUGCAUUGAUAUUUUGAGAGCGCAGACCAACGAUCUCGAAACGAAAUUAACAAAAAGCGAUGAACGCGUCCGAGAAGCGGAAAAGGACGGGAAGAGUCAAAACCAGUGGUUGAAACAGCAUUACGAGAAACAGAUCGCAGAACUGCAAGGCGCCUUGCGUGCUAAAGAAACGAAAUUGCGUGACAUGGACAAAGUGAAGUCACGCGUCGCAAAACAGAAGCUAGAUUUGGAAAAUCAACGGAACAGCGAGAAUGAGCUACAUGCAAAAAUGUGCGAGCAAGUUUUGGAAUUAAAACGCGAUCUACAACUUCAUCAAACCAGGUAGGUUUGUAGAUUAUAUUAAAAAUAUUAAAUUAUUUUUCCGGUAUUCGGUUGUAUGGGUAAAUUUCAGGAUUUGAGGGAUUUGUAAAGCCCUGGGCAAACUAGGAAACAUUGUUGCGGAAACAUUGUUUCCUACCAAUGUUUCGCCGUGUUUCCAUGAGUGGGCAAACACUUGGAAACAUUAGUGAGAAACAUAGGGAAACAUCAAAUGUUUCUGAAUUUGCUAGGAAACAUUUUUGCUUCUCGGGAAGCAAAUUUUGUUUCCGCAACAAUGUUUCCACGGGUGGGCAAACAGGGAAACAUUUGAGAAAUUGAGGAAACAUCGAGAAUCACGAAUGUUUCCACAACAACGUUUCCUAGUUUUCCCAGGGCUUUACAAAUCCUUCAAAACUUAGAAUUCACCCAUGCAACAUUCCUACUGUGAUCACAGAAACGUUGAUGGCAUAGACCAGCCUUUAGUAUGUAUAGUUGAACUUGCGGUCAGAGCUUGGACAGAGCACAACUGGACUCUGUAGCUCAGUUGGUUAUCUAGAGCGCUGCAGUGGAAUUGCAGGUUCGACUCCUACCAGAGGACCUAUAGUAGUAUUUUUCGCAAAUGCUCCCGGUUAAGUCUGAUAAAUGUAUAAAAUUUACACCCUAAAUGCCCAUUGUAUGGUUGUAAAAAAAAAUUUUAAAAUAAUUUGUCAAACCUCGAAGUUUUAAUGUGCCGAACUUUCGUGUGCAAACGAGCCCAAACCAACGAGUGCAGUAUAUACAGUAAUCUCAUAGUUUCUCUGAAAUGGCCUCGAUAAUAAUGAUUGAAGGUUUAAAUUGAAGAUUUAAAUUUCAACAUUUUCACACCUGACGAGUGCCUAUGGUUUGCAUUUUUAGCAGCUGCUUUUCGUUAUAUCUGUUUAACUUGAAUUUCCAUCUGCUAAAUCCAGUGAGAUCUCUGAAUUCAUUAUAUUGGAUCUAUAAUAAUGACCCUCUCAAAUACAGACACCUCUCCAAUACCGACUCUCCACUAACCGACACAGUUCACAUGCCCCAACAAAGUUAUAUUAUAUAUUUUCUUUAAAAAUGCCCUCAUUGAUAAUUCAUAAAGAAAUCACUACCGUGUUUCGGUGGUUAUGUAUAUGUGGUAUAAAAAGUCAUGUUAAUUUACAUGAACUUUAGCUUCGAUUUUCUCGGCUUAGACAAUGUUUAUUUUUUUAAUUGAAUUACGUCGUUAUGACCUCAUAAGAUGGGUCGUUUUUUAUUAGCAAGACACUCAGCUGUUGCCUGAUAAAGCACUCCCGUUUCUUGUAGUCCAUGUUGUUAGAGAGUUACUCAGGGUUUGAGCAAGCGAACGAAGUCGGACGACGACGGCGUGAUUGACAAUUUUUGCCUGUUUUGCACAUUGUGUUGCGCAUUCUGAGUUUAGGGUCAGGAGUGAAGACAGAUUAAAGAUUCAUGUCUAGCUGUUUCUGAAUGCUGACUCAAAUCCCUUACCCUGAUCAGGAUAAAACAGCGAGACAUAAAUCCGUAUCCCGUCUUCGUUCUUCUGCCUUCGUUCACAACGAAUAUUUUGGCAAAAUUCGUUGUGAACUUCGUUCUGCACGAAGGCAGAAGGACAAAGACUGAAAGACGGGAUAUAGUUUCAUGUCUCGCUGGGUUUUUUUCUGGAUAAGGACAAGAAUUAUGGUCAGUAUCAUAAGCAGCGACACAUGGGAAGACACGUUGAGCAACCAUCAGUGACGUCCAACUCAGUAUAUGCAAGAUAAUGUGCAGACGGCAAAAAUUGUCAAGUAUGCCUUCGUCUUCGUACUUCGUUGUCUUGCUCAAACUCUCUAAACGGACUCUCCGCAACCGACAAUUAUAUCUCAGUGGUCAGAGCGCUGCUGCCUGAGGGCAUGAAGUAAAAUUUUGUAUAAUCUUUCGUCACAAAAAUUUCAUCUACUAUAAGUUGUAAUAUAUAACUUUAUAUAUAGAUUGAACAUAUUGGAAAGAGAGAAACGAAGCCUAGAAGAGAAUUUGUCGCAGUCUGAAAAUUUACAAAGGCAAGAUCAGAAGUCGUCGUACGUUUUACAAAUGAAAAUUGUCGAAAUGCAAGAGAAAUUGGACUUGAGUUAUAGGAAAAACGAAGAGCUUGACAAACAACGCGAGAUAUCCGAGGCAAAACGGCAAGUACUUGAAGAAAAAUUGAAGCAGGCUAUGAUCAAAUCUCCAGCGAAAUGGCAAUUAAGUGUUGAGAGAGUCCCCAAAGAGGGUUUGUCUGAUUUGGGCGAAGUGGACGCAAGUUAUACUACGAAAAUCAAUAAAGGUGAUGAUGAGAUUUGGGUUGUUCGUUUUUUAGUCAGUUUUGUACAGGACAGGACAGGACAGAACAGAACAGAACAGAACAGAACAGAACAGAACAGGACAGAACAGAACAGGACAGGACAGAACAGAACAGAACAGAACAGAACAGAACAGAACAGAACAGAACAGAACAGAACAGAACAGAACAGAACAGGACAGGACAGGACAGGACAGGACAGGACAGAACAGAACAGAGCAGAGCAGAGCAGAACAGAACAGAACAGAACAGAGCAGAGCAGAGCAGAACAGAACAGAACAGAACAGAACAGAACAGAAUGGAAUAGACUACACAUGUAAAAACACACAAGUUGUUACAGGUCUGCAAACAAGUUGUUACAAAUCUGUUCACAAAUUGUCAACAAGUUGUGUUCGCACUGCUUGUUCCCAGUUGUUGUAACAAGUUUGGAACAAGCUGUUAACAACCUGUAACAAGCUUGAUGGCAUUAUCAGACUUGUUGCAAGGUUGUUCUAGCAAGUUUGAUACAGUCAUGAUUAAACAAUAAUGUCACAAGGUUGACGACACAAGGUUGUGACAAUAUUGUUAUACCAUGACUGUAUCGGACUUUUGUUGGAACAACCUUGCAACAAGUCUGAUAAUAUCAACAAGGUUGUUACAAGUUGUCAACAGCUUGGUGAACACAACUUGUUGACGGCUUGUUGGCAGAGCUACAGGAUGUGAGAUUUAAUUUUGAAUGUAGUAUACAAAAUAAUGAAGAUUUAUGAGGGCAAUCGUAACAUUUUUCAUGAGGUGAAAGAUGAAACUGUUCUAUCAUUAUAUUCUAUUUCAUUCACUUUCAUUCUAUUCAUUUUCUAAAACGUUCUCCAUUUUCCACUAACAGCUAACUCCCCAAACAUGCAACAACCAACAAGACUAAACGAAACAAAGCCCGACAAUUCUGACAGAGGCACCACAGUCCUAAAUCGUCCCAUGAGCCUAGAUAUGAACGACGUCCUUCGCGAGAAAGUUGCGGAACUUCAGAAAAAGCUUUAUAAAGGACAACAAACGAUGUACGAGGGUGAGAGAGUCUCGAAUGAAGCGCACGUUCAAGAUCUAAAUUAUUGUGAGCACGAGAAAUCUCUUCAAGAGAAAUGGGGAAUGAAAGAACAAAGCUGUGAUAAUGCCCGACCAGACAGUAUGGAUGAAACUGUACCUGUCAGAGAUCUACCGUUGAAAAAGGUUAGUUGGUUUCAUUUAUGAUUUAUAUAUUUACAUUGCGUACAUCAACAAGUGGACCUCGAUAAGCGAUAACUGUUGACAGUUACAGGAGCAAGGAAAGCUACAUAUAAACUCAGGCCCUACAUAACUUCAUGAGCCGAAGCUAAUACAACGAUUAAGUAGGACAGAAGAGCAGCGUCUAAAUCAAUUUAGUUCGGCAUGCUUUGAUCAGGUUCAACACGGCCGACGAAAUACGGCCAGUCAUGUCGUACUAUGCGACACAUGUUCGACAUGGAUUUCUAGACUCCAUGCUUAAUGCAUUUUUUUUAACGUACAUUAUCAUAUGAUUAUGGCAUAUUAGCAAUUUAUUAUGGCAUAUUAGCAAUUUAACAUUGAAAUUUCUGAUAUAGUGCACUUGUAUUUUGGCAGCCGAAAUUGCGCCAUGAUAGUUUAAUUUGAUUAUAGAGAUUCGAUUUCGGCGCAUGAAAAUUUCGCCGUCUAAACCGGUCCGGUCUAUUCAUUUUCCAAACACAAGGCUUAUUUAGGCUACGAUUUGAAUUGAAAAGAAUCCGAACAUUAUUUUCUCACCCUGUAAAAUACUGCCGUUCCACUAUACUUUUCAAGGCAAAUUAUUAAACUUAGCUAAUAGCGAAAGUGCGAAACCCAACCUUCACAAAAUGAAACGAUGAAACCGAACUUUAUCUCUCGCGUGACCUCCAAUGCUCCAUACUUCAAAACAUUUUUGGCAAUUAUACGGUCCACUUUUUCUUGAAAAUGACCUUCAUUUUUAUAAAAAACACAGAAAGGUUGCAUAUUUUCACGUGUUAAUAAUGGAGGCUACGGUCCAUUAAGUAUUUCCUUGAAAGUACGACUUUCUUUUCUGUGAAACCGUGCAAAGUUGCAUACUAAAAUCUGCAUGCCAAUUCGACAACAGCUUAAUUUUACACAGUUUUAACGCACGACAAAAAUAACUCAAAAAUAAUAUAUUUAUUAUCUCGUUUUAUGUAAUAUAUAAAAUACGAGCAGGAGUGUUUAUCAGAUAUUAGCACGAGGCAGAAGCUGCGAGUGUUUUAAAUGGCUUAAAAAACGACCCAUCUGAUGAGUUUAUUGGCGAAGUAAUUUUAAAAAUCAACGUUGUUUAAGGCGAGAAAAUGAAAGCUAUAAAGUUUAUGUAAAUUAACAUGAUUUUUUUAUCACAUACAAAACCACCGGUAGUGAUUUCCUUCGUCUUCUCGACUUUUCCUCAUGAAUUAUUAAUGAGUUUUUAUUAUUAUAAACUAGUAUGUAAUGUUUUUGCUAUUUCCCACGGCUAAUCUCGUUUAGAGCCAAAAAAUUCUUUCAUCGCCUCGCAUGUCUAAAUACUGCACGUGAAAAGAUGUCGCCAUAUACAAUGCAUUACAAAGCGCAGCGUUUUCAAUAUCGUUGAGGUCUUCCUGCUGAGCUGAUCCGAUUAAAAAACGGAAAUGAAAAAAAUGGUUUGGUGUUAUAUUAGGUGUUAACAUAUAAUUGUAUUUUGUGAGAAAAGUAAUUUUUAAUAUACUAUAAAUUAUAAUUUUGUGUUUCUCAAUUGGCGCGGAUGCGUUCAAAAAGGUAGCUAACUGUAUAAACUAGAUAAUAAAAUUAAAACAAAGUACUUUUUAGAGGCAAUUAUGCAUUUAUGGCCAAAAAGGUUUUUACUAAUUUUAGGUUUUGAACACUUUUCAUCGCAAGCUAGUACACGACAUAGAAAAAUUGCAGUCCCUUGGAAAUUUUCCCUUCGUCAGUUCGCACAAAAAUUUUACCCUGUUCCCUUUUUUAAUCUUUAUUUUCAAGUUUAUAUGUUCCCAUGUCCCUCAUGACCUUUCUGGCUUUAUUCCCAUUGCAAAAUAUGCCUUUUUCCCUUGAAACCCGUGGGAGACUCUCGAAGCGAUCUGCAUGAGGUAUUCGAUUCUGGAUUCUUCUUCCUGUAUCGAUUACACUGGAACAAUAAACGAUGACCCUUUAUACUGGACCUCUAGAAAGAACGGUUUGGAAGUGAUAGAGCUAUCUAGUAUAAAGAUAGCAUUAUAGGUCGUAUAUCGGUUGGAUAAAAGACGGAUAAUGAUUUUUUUUGAAGGGUAGAAGAUGAAAAAUCCUUGCACAAACUAUUUAAACAUUGCGGAAAAAAAUAAUCUGCAAAGUUAAUAUAAGCUGUUAUUAGCUGGAAAGAAAAAAAUCCUAUAAAGCAGGAAGAAGUCGCCGCCGCCAAAAAACUUAUUUCCAAAGACAACUCGAAGACAACCUCUGGCAGUCGGCUCUGACUCUGCCAGCGAAUUAAGUUAUGUAUUGUAUCAUGCAUAAAUAUUUAUAAUCUUGUCUUCGCUAGAAACGUCGAAAUUCUCCUUAUAUUUUUCAGGAAAUUACAUGCCUAACAACGAAAGCUUGUUAAUAAAUAUUUAUACAAUGGCUAAUUAGCCUUUCUGACACGAAGGUCUAAGGGACAGUUCAUUAUUUAUACCAGGGGUUGGUACCGAAGAGAUAUGGGUUGGGUAAUCAGGUUUUUGACUAGCUCAUGGGUUGGGUAAAAAAAUUACCAUGCAUUGGAAAAUAUAAAGAAAAAAUGUGUACAAUACGUUCUGUACAAAAAUAGACCAUCACUGAUUGAGGAAGGACUCUAUCAUAGAUCAGCGGAAACGUGAUUGCUUUUUCACACUCAGUGAGUUUAUGAGCUUUUAGAAUUUAAGCAACUUCAUUUCUGUAACCAUAAUCUUGUGUGUUUAAUUAUUAUGAAGUAGAGUAACACAUGGGUUGGGUAAACAUUAUUUUGACCAUUGUUGAGGUUGGGUAAAUGAAAGAUUUACAGUGUUUCUCGCUUCUCUUCGGUACCAACCUCAGGUAUAAAUAAUGAACGGUCCCUAAAUCCGCCAUUUUUGGGUACUAUUUUAUAAAUAACGUGAAAAAUCUAUGCGAUGUGAAAAUAAUUUUUCAAAUAUUUAACUGUAAAUCGAUUUAUAAUGAUUAUAUACUUAUACAACUAUAGUUAGAGAAAGUUUCAUUUUCACUGCUUACUAUCCCUGUUCUAAAAAGGUUGCCACCCAAUUAAUCCAAAUUCCACCGAAAUUUAAUCAAUUUAUCCUUGGGCUAUGUCCAUUUGUUUAUUAACACAGAAAUUUUUGUAUUAAUACGUUCGAUAUUUUUCAAGUCAUAGCGCGGACAGACACGCUCACACAAUAUACAAACUCGAAUGAAAAUAUAAACAACAGACGAAAAUAUCGCUUGUGUUGAAAAAAUUUUAAUGAAUGCCCUUCCAAAAAAAUAAUGUAUGGCCCGUCCCUAAAAUGCAAUCGUUUUACGACCACCGUUUAAACAUUAAUUACUGAAUGGUCCUAAAAUAUUCAGUCUGAAAUAAUAACUAGACAAAUCUCUGGACUGAAACUUGCUCGAAACUCGUCUAAAACUGCGAAAGUUGUACAUUUGUACCAUUAGUCACGUACAAGCACCGGUCUAAUUACCAUAAGACGCACUGUCACAUUGUUUGGCGCAUACAUACGAAAACAUUUUAUCGUACAUCGUCGCGCAAAAUGUUGCGCAAAAUUGCCAAAAGAUUAUUACUCAAGUGAAAACAUGUGUAAAUUUGUACAGUUUCCUGUGAGCUGUGCUAGCGGAGAUAUUUUGAUAGCCUUACAUGCAAUUGAUACAGGUAUACGAUCAAGUUGAUCGGAAGUAAUAAAGGUACAAACAUCUCUUCAACGACGUCUGUUAUUUGGUUUUGCGCAUUUGGUCACCGCGAUAGUACAAAUAAGCACUUAUUUUGCGGUUUGAAGCGUCUCGCGCGCCUGAUUAUUUUUACAGCUGUAUUCGUAUUUUCUUAAAUGUUGGCAAUCGGCCGGUUUCUUCCUUCAAAAUACCGGAGCAAUGAGAUAGUAUAUCGAGAUAUUUGGCCAUCUCGCUCGAUAGCUGUUGAAGGGUUCUUAUUUAUGGAAAUUUUCAACGGAAGAUAAUAUACAAUUAUUUUUUUAAAAUUGUUGUUAGAACUCGACAGGGCCGCAGGUUUAAUUCCUGGCAGAGGGGCUAUACUCUAUAGUUGCAACUGCUCCUGGUUAAGUAAAAAAAUCAUUGUUCCGCUCGAAAAUCCGCAAAACCCUUCUGCCCAAAAUCUUGAUAUUUAUCACACAACGUAGUACUGAUAUAUACAUACUAAUAUACAUAGAUGAUGCCAUUAAACGAAGCUACGCACAUAAACAGAUUUGGACUUGAUGGAUUAUCAGUCUGUUUUGCCGCAUAUUACAGAAUCUUCACAGACAAGAGCUGCUAGAAUAAUAGUUUUGAAAGAGAAUAAUCUAGGUCAUGAUAAUUUAUUGUCUCAGGCUCUCAGCCAAGUUGGAACUCGCUCAGGCUUGUUGUAUUAUGCACGUUAUAUUCGUGCUUAAGUGCAUUAAUUGCAUUGAACCAGAUUUUUUAGAGGUCAUUUCACAAAGUUAUCUCAUAGUCAUAAUACUAUUACUGGACGUAAUGGUCUUGACCUAGUCCUUCCAAAAGUCAUGACUGAAUCAGCCAAGUCUAUACGAAAAGCUGUUGUUACUCGGGAGCAGUAGCAUAUACUGAAUUUACCUUCGCAUCUUACAAGGAAGGUACAACUCCUUGUUGGUUUUUAAGUCAAAACUGAGAGGCACGGUUUAUAAUAAUAUCUUAGAUAUUUAAUUUCUUUGUUGCUAUAUUUAUUUAUAUUGUCCAGGGCGCUCCUUGCAUGAUAACAGCGUUUGCUGACGAGAUUACCCUGGUAAAAUAUGUAAAUAUUAUUAUCGUUAUUCUGCUGAGAGAUGAAUGAACUGACGAGCUAUCUCUUCUUUGCUCAAAUUUGUGCAGGCACAAUCACCCGUUCCUGGUCAUAAAUGGCUGCGCGCUUCUUUCGUAUUUGCCAAAUGUCAACAUAUAUGCAUAAAAGGUUUACUCAAGCCUAUUGUCUGCAUUCAAACAUUUUUUCCAGACUUUUCCGUGUCUGCUCGGGAAGGCCUAUCAAUUUUUUAUUGACUGGGAAUCCGGAAUUGAAACGUUUUUCUUCUCUGAACGCGAUUCCGGAUCUAUAGUAUAGUCAGUUAAUAAAAUAUUUGUUGAACAAACAUUCUCGCAGCAUGUCAACAUCGUAUUCUUCAUGGCGCCCAUGUUUAGCCUGGUUGUAUAUACCUGCAGAUGCCUGCGCAUUCAUUGUUUACAGCUGUUGAUGCAUACAUUCUUUUGUGAAUUAUUUGGUUGAACUGCUAACGACAAUAGUCCGCCGACAUACCGCAGAUAUAUGCAUGUGAACCAGGCAUUAGAGGAACCUUUACAACAUGGCAGCCAUACCAUUGUCUUAUAAAACUCAAGGUCUUUUCUGCUCAUUGCGAAUCCAACUCGCAAGCCCGAGCGCUGUAUCUAAUUAAUAUAAGAAAACUGUUGAGCAUUGUGAUUUUUCUGCUGCGCUUAAUUUUUCGGUGAGAGCGCGUGACUCAAAUUUGCUUACAAUGACAAACGGUUGUCUUGAAAAUUCAUUGGCAAUUUUCGUUCGCAGUCUUCAGUUCUAUUUCUGUUAUAAAAAUGAUGGUAAAUUUUGAUUGAAAUAAAAUAAAAAUGGACUAUUUUCUUUUUUUAUUGCUAAUUUUACAAUUAUAACAAUUGAAGGCUUAGCUAGAGAAUAGGACAAAUAAAAUCCUAAAGUAAAUCCUACCCGACAUGCUACAUUACAACCCUAUUUAAUUUCAUUCAAUUUCUUAUUGAGAAUGGAAAAUGUUUUCAAUUCUGUGCGACAUGAAGUCAUCAUGAGCCUUAUUUGAAAUGGCUGCCUACACCAAGUAUACACCCACCCCCCCGGCCGCCCGUAUUUUAUAAUCAAUAUGGAAAUAUGAAUGUUUGUAGAUCUUUAUACCUAAUCGGAAUUCAAAUCAAACUCUUAAAAAUUCCUACCAUAUCAAGAUAGGGGAAAUAAAAACACAGACUCUGCUUGAAAUAGGUAGCUUAUCAAAUAACUUUCAACACGUCCAAUGAUGUUUUCAUAUCUCUGUGUUUUUAAACUCACAGCUUGCUAUUUUUCAUUACUACGGGCACACUCAAAUGUUUAUCGCGCAAUGUGUACAUAUAGCGUCGUAUAAUAUUUGGGUUAUUUGCAUAAAAUGCGCGCCUGGCAGUGAUUUUACUUUCGACAGAAGUUUUCUCUUCGAAGGAAAGGGAAUGAUAUAUACAGCGAAAACGGAGCUUUCCAAAACGUCACAUAAACUGAAACUUCCGCAACGAAUUUGCGAGGACUGUUUUUCAAAACCACUUUAAAAAAAGCUCCUAUAUGGCUGUGGACAAUGCUAGGUUUAAGGCUGCAGUACAAUAGAAUUUCGCGAGAAUUAUAUAUUAUUCUCUCAGUUGUAAAGUCCCUUGUCCAUUCAUCAUCUCCCCAAGUAUUUGGGGCCCGUCUUUGCUCAGUUUUACAUAUUUCCCGUUCAAUCCCACAGGCAAGAAGCAUCAGACAGACCAAAAUUCUAAAGCCGCAAAAGCCAUCAUAGUCGCACAUACGAUCAAUAAAAGUCCAGAGCGCAUUUUAUGUAAAUAAAUCCAAAUAUUAUUGUGCAUAUAAAUCCAAAUAUUAUUGUGUUACAUCGACUUUAUCUAUAAGCAAAAAAAUGAUAGAGCAAUCCAGUAUAAAUAUAAUUUAGCUUGAGUUGAAGAUUAUUUUUAAGAUUUUAGGAACCGUUUAUAUAUAUCCAUUUAUGCAUGAAGGUACUGAGGCUGAGGCCUGUUUUAUACGUCGAAUUUUGGUCGCGUCGAAUGUAAUUAAGACAAUAGAUAAUGAGAUGAUAAACCUAAUUAAGCUUCAUUAUCUUUUGUUUGAAUUGCAUUCGACGCGACCAAAAUUCGACGUAUAAAACAGGCCUGCCGCCUUGUUGCGUCGCCCUCUGGAUAUCUGUUGGACGGAGAAUUCUCAGGGAACUCUCAGUCGAAAAUGAAUGCAUGCUGUCAAUUCCUAACAUUCUCCAAAUUACACAAAAUCUCAACAGAAACACUCAGUGCACCCAAAACACUAACAAACCCACAGCGGAGAACAUCCUAGUAGGCAAAAUACAUCGUGGCCAUUUCCGACUCCAUGUUUUUAUAAGAAGCGCCGGGAUUGAGUCAUAUACCAAACAUUGCCAUAUGGAAAACGAGUCAUUUCUCGUCAAUAAAGUUGUUAGAACUGUUUCAAUAAGGAUAAAAGAUAGCAAGACACCUCCGCAAUAAUAGAUUGUGAAACUGAUAAACUAUUACAAUUACGUCUUUGUUUGUUUUUAAUAUCUGAGCUAGGAAAACAAAACAUCGAUGCAAAAACACGGGUAUAUUGUAUGUAUAUAGGCUUUGUUUAUAAAGGCAUGACAGCUGCUAGUCUUGUCGAUAGCAUGCAGUUGCAUGUACCUUUCGGUAUUAGGGGCUGUUUGUAUGGAAGCAGAGCUGGCCCGUGCUUAUAGCGAGACAGUUCGGUAAGCGAGAUCUCGCCGUGUUGUUAUUUUUAUAGCAAAAAUUACAGUGCGUUUUUUGCCGAGAUCUCGCAAGAACUCGCUUACCGGGGGGAUGAGAACAAAUUUGUGCCAGCAAGCGGGAUAAAAUUUUCUCAUAUAAACACAAGAGAAAUUUAUCCCGAUAAACGGGCUAGCCUGGCUUCUGUAUAAACAGCGCCCCAUUUGAUUUAAUAAUCAAAAAUACAAACUCACGGCUUCCGAACAUGAAUAUUAUUAACAGCAACAGCCACGGACUGGUUUCUGUCCAUUUUGUCAGCAUGGUACUACAGACUAUUAAUAUUCACGUCAUUGAAAUAAAUCUCGUAAUUCUUUAAUAAGCUUAAAGAAAAGCUUAAAUAGAUUUACCAGAAAUCUCGUGGCUUCACGUCACCGCAAUCCCGUAAAACAUUCAAAACAUGUCUGCGGUAUUUGCUCCAAUAGCAACAAACGGUUACCAUGGGUGACAAACAACAGCGAUUCGUAUGGCCACAAGUUCCAUUCCUGCCAGAGGACCUAUGGUUACAUAAUUUAGAUCUAAUAAAUAUAUAAGUAAUAAGAUUUACACUCAAAAUUUUCGAAAAACCCAUCUACAUUGUCGAAAUGUACCACCGAUCGAUGCAUGCCAAAUUUCACGCACAUUUUGUUUGUAAUCAUUAAACCCUAAAUCCGAACUAUUUUAGUUAAUGUCACAAAGUCUGCAACCGACCGUACACAACGCAGAUUGCUUUUAUCUGAACCUUGACAAAAUGCAGCAUGCUAUAUUGCGUGCUAAAAUUCACGUUUACUUUUAAUGGUUAUGACCCAACUGGGAAAAAAUUUGAUGAACGCUUUCUGUACAGUUUUUAUCAUACUGUAUAUGGUAAUAAAACACUCAUAAUUUAGCUUUGAUUUUCUCGGCUUAGUCAGUAGACGACGUUGAUUUCUAAAAUUACUUCGCAAAUGCAUGAACCCUUUAAAUGCAGGGUCGUUUUUUAAGCCAUUUAAAACGCUCGCAGGGAACUCUCUUUAAAAGCUAUUUCUUUGACAUUUCAACUUAUGAGAAACGCUAUGAUUAUGCACUAUAGAUAGAUAAAUUCUAUUCUUCACGCUCGACUUCGCUCGAAUUGUUGUGCUUUAAACUACUAUCUUUUCAAAAUGAAUUGCGUGAUAUCUCCAGCAUGUAAUUGUGGAUUUAAUUGCGAAUCUGUAAUUCAUUAUUUUUUAUAUUGUCCCCGAUAUGCUGCUCUUAGCCUUAGGACUUUCCUGUUGGCGGCCAUGGUUGAAAUCUUGGGAAGCGGCUGGUAUUACAUGUUCGAUUCUUCUAAAACGAAAUUGUUUUUGUUUGGAUCUGAGAAUCUGACUUUGAAUCAAAACAAUGCCAUUUUUUUCCAUGCACCAGUGGCGUGCUGGCAGGGGGGGCUGGGGGGCCACGCCCCCCCCCCCAGCUGGCAAUUUUUGGGGGGCGCAAAAAUGAAAAGGGGGCGCCGAAUUUUGAAGUAGGUGGGAAGAAACGCAUUCGAAAAAAUUACUUACGAAUUCCUCCAAGGAAAGAUGUGUUUAUAGACUUAUAAACAGACUAAGCGCAUAGGCGACAAAGUGAGUAUAUUAAAUUGCAGACUAUUUUGUCUAACCGUAUUUGCUACCUCACGACUCACACGAAAUCACUCGUUCAUAUAGAAACAUGAUCAGUGAUCACACGCAAUGUCUCAUUACCGGAAUAUUGAUCAGGCUUCGAAGCGAUCAGGGGAAUUAUGCGCCUUUUUUGCUGGUAUUAUACCCUUAUAUUAUGCUUCACGAAUCACGAGAGCGGCGCAAAUUAGAUAGUUGAAGUAUGAUAAUGUAAAGUUGUGUACGCAAUUUAAUUGUUUGCGCAAGAAACAUUAUGAGUAAUGUAAGUAAUGAGAUAAUGAUGAAACACGCCCUUUUGGCAGCCAGGCAAAGGAAACCUUAAAAUGCAUAUGCGUGGGGUCCGUGUGUUAUUGUAUAAAAGAGCUGUAAGUUGUAAAUGUAUUCAGAUCAGUAGAGAAUAGAAUUGGGAUUAGAUUAAUUUGUGGAAGUAGUUAGCAUUGCCCAAUUUAAGUGCUACUACUAAAUUCUAACCAAUUUUCAAAUUUCGACACGUUGUAAUGCCGUUUCCUGACCAUCAGAUUUCUGUCAAAUCUUCCCCCAAAGUCCAGGAAAUGGCAUUUCAGAGACUCUAAAUUAAAAAAUUUUCCUGGGGGGCAUGCCCCCGGACCCCCCUAGACAAACCUCGCACCUGCGGCGCUCGGCUCGUGCCUUCGGCCCUCGUUUAUCAAGGGUAAUAUUAUAGGGGCGCAUAUUAGUUGCCAGCCGACUGCCCCCCCCCAGAAAAAUAGUACCCAGCACGCCACUGCCAUGCACAAACGUAUAUCAAAAGAUCGGAGCGUUUUGCAGUUUGUAACGAUUGAUCCAACCGCUUCCUAGGCUGUCUAUUCUAUUAUUUUAUAUACCACCCUUUAUAUAAAGUAUUUAAAUGUAAAUUGGCGUGAGCCCCCUAGAUGAGCUUAUAUAGCUCUUGGCCCGACUUGGGGCAAACGCAUAAAUAUGUUUAAAUAAAAAAGCACUCUUGCUUGUGUUUUAAAUAGUACUUGCAUUCAUAAAGCUGUAGCAAAGAUGAACUGAGUGAACCUAUCAUUAAAUUGUGCCUGCUCAUGAACCCAAAACCCCCAAACAGCAAGCCUGGCCUAACGGCAGAUGAUUUUAUCUGCUCAGAUAAGCGGUUAUAUAUACUAGCCCCGCGAUGCACCUGUUUAAUUGGUUCAUGAAAGCAUAGUAACUUUAUAGUCGGUAGAAACACACUAUAAUUUUUAAUUUUGUCAUCUUUCUUUCAGAUGGAGCCGACCUUUACUGGUGAUAAAAGGUAAAAUUAUAUUAUAAUUUAUUUAGAAGAUUCAUUGCCAUUGGUUCUGAUUUGGCUAACAGCUAAUUGUUAAAUCGACUCAGUAGCUAAAACUUUCAAAUUUCCAACAUUUUAGACGGCCAUCAUCGGAUGACAGUUCAAGUGCCAGCAGCAGCGCUUCAUCUUCGAGGCGAGGUUCAGCCGAGUCGCCUCGAAGUGAGAGGUUAGUUUUUUAUGUAGAAUUAUUCUCGAGUCAAUAAUUUGCACUCAGGACAUACCGUACUAUACCAUACCAUUACCAUACCAUACCAUAUACCCAGUGGCGGCGCCAGGCUUCCAAAUUUGGGGGGGCAUUUGAGGGGCAAACUCAAAUUUUGGGGGGGCAAGAUAGAAUUUUUAAAAAGGUCGCCCCCCCAGGAAAUCCCGCCCCCUCAAAACGUGGCGAUAUUCCUAGGAAUAUUGCCCCCGGGGGCGAAUAUCCUAGGAAUAUCGCCUCCCAGGGGGUGGGGCGAAUACCCUAGGAAUAUCGCCCCUUUUUAGGACAUUCGCCCCCCAUAUAUGCGGUGUGGUUUAUUCAAAUAAUUUCGUGAUACUUUCAUCUUAUUAUUGCCUUACACGUUUGAGAAUUUAACUCUGCAAAACUAAAGCUUUUUUGCCUUUUUUUGAAACGUAUUAUUGGAGUAUUGGCAAGUUUUACCAUUCAGAGAUUUACAAACUAAUAUUGAAACUGUAAAACUGACAGUUUCAUGUAUACGCGCAUUCACUAAUGAGUAAUGACAACUUAUAAGCCAUACAUUUUCCGAUAACGACAGAACACUUGUGUAGCCUUUAGUCGCUCUUAGUGACUAAUAAUUUUUUUUGAGGGGGGGCAAAAUGGGGGGGCAAAAAAUAAUUUUGGGGGGGCAUUUGCCCCCCCCCCCUGGCGCCGCCACUGCAUAUACCAUCUCGUACAGACGAGCAAGUUUCCCUGGCCAAGUUUCCUUGACAAGUUUACCUUCUCGUGUGUACGGUCAACAACGGUCAACAAGCCGUUCCUUGACAUUCAAAUUUCCUCUGACAAGUUUGUUGCUCGUGUGUACAGAAUGUUGUUAAACAGUUACCUCACGUCAAUGCUGUGACUGUGGUUUGUUUAAAAAGUAAAACGACGAACAACCGAUUACACGUCUCAAACAUUCAAAUAUUUUUUAAUGAACUUCAAAUAUCAGUGCUAUGCUAUCACAAACUUGUUCAAAUACCUUUCUUUAUUUGCUUUGUAUACGGCGUGAGUUUAGUUGACGAAGCAAUCCACCGGGUUUAUAGUUUUCCUGAUAUAUUCUCCAAAAUUUGAACGUCGCGGAUAGUCAGUCUGCACGGCGGAAUGCCACGUUCUUGGUUUGAUUUCACGACACAAAAUGAUUUGAAUUUCAAAUUGUAUGGUCAGGAUUAUGAGUCGAAGUAAAAAAGUAUGCUCAAGGGAAUAUGUAAAUUUGCAUGCGCUUUCAAAAACAGUCAUGCUUUGUUCCCACAGGACCUGAUGACUACAAAACCAUGCAUGCUCAAAUUUGCAUGGUUUUGCCUUCCGAGUUCAACCAGGGCGCAUGAAACUGAACGAAUAUAGGUCCUUGCAGACGUCAUAACUAUGUCUAAACAAUGAUUUACUGGAUGGCAUGGAGAAUAGUGAGAUUUUUUAAACAAUGAAAAGACAGUGGAACAUUCCGAUCACUGGAUCGUGAUAUAUUCAAAUUCAAAAUAUUCUACAACAUUGAAUAUACAGUGUGUAUAAAAAAAACUGAACCCUUUCAAAUUCAAAUUAGCUAUAACGUAUUGUACAGGUAGUAAUUUGACAGCUCUAAUUGCUUUAAAUUAAUGGUUGGAUAAGAACAUUAGGUCUUGUACUCAUGGGACAAAACUCAAAGAAAUAAAAAUUAGAAAAUUUAAAAGAAAUACAGUAUUCCUUGUGUUCUUACCCAACCAUUAAUUCAAGGCAAUUAGAGCUGUCAAAUUACUACAAUACGUUAUAGCUAAUUUGGAUUUGAAAGAGUUCAGGUUUUUUUUUAUACACCCUGUAGAAUUUACAGUAAUAUAAAAAUUAAACCUAACAUUACGAAAAACUAUUGAAGACGUCCACAAAUUCAACAAUGGUCAUGCAAUGGCUAUGUUUACACUAUACACGAUAGCAAUUCGUAGCGGCGCGAAAAAGCACAUACCGACACGGAAUGUAAAACUUUCAGAAACUGAGCGAAACAACAUCCCUCCGUUGCAAUAAUUUCGGUAUAUUUAUACGUCGGACAAAACUAACCAAAUAUCUUAUGCUUUUAGACGCCAGUUAAAAGUGCUGAAAGUACGAAAAGUGAGCAAAGAAAACAUCUCUCAGUUUCAACAAAACGCAGCCAACAUGAUGUUCUUCAAUAGACAGUCAUCUUUGAAAGACGUUCGCGAGAAUCCCAGCGGUUCUAGCGAGAAACUAAACCUCGGUAACAACCGGCCGACAGCCUUUAGGCAAGUAAAAGAACGUACAAUAAAAAUGUGAAAAUCUAUAAUUCGUCUACAGGCCCAUAGUUAGCAAAAUUCGUGGUUUGCAUUUCGCAUGAUGGUGGUGUCUUAUAAAUCUCAAGGACCAAAAAAUAACAGUAAAACAUUUAUGGCCAAUUUAUGGCUACAAAUUAUUAUAAUGAAUAUUAGAAGGCUUUUCGCAGGGGGAAAAUAUUAGCUCCCAGUUAAACGUUUUUGACUCUCGGGUCAAUUGGAAUUGUUUCUUUUAUAAGGAACGUCAAGAAAGCAAUAUAAGUUCAGUAAAAGCGUACUUAAGAUUAUUUCUGUGAAAUAAUGCGUAUAAAAUGCUUUAGAAGCAAUAAAAUUAUUCUAUUCUUGUAAAAUUGAAGACGUUAUAUUGUGGAAAUCGACCCAGAAUUUUUUCGCGAGAUUUUUGCAUACUCAUAUUAUUCCGACAAUUUUGAAUUGUUUCCCACAAAAUGGCGGUCAGGUGCGCAGCAUAAAUUGUCUGGUGUAAAAUGACCUUUAUAAGUUGCUACAUUUCAAAUAGCUGGUAAUAAAGCUUGCUAAAAUCCCGAAAAAUACACGUGAAAUCUGACAUCUUGUCAACAAGAUAUAUGUGUUCGCAACAGGCUUACAACAAGCUUGCCAACAAGUUGCAACAAUGUUGUCAUUUUAUCAAGUUGCCGCAAGGUUGUCACUCACAACUUGUUAACAAGUUGUAAUUGAAUUACAUGACGAUAACAAGUUGUUGGAACAACUUGUAACAAGUCUGUCGAGUCAACAAUCUUGUAGCAAGUUGCCAGCAAAGUCGUUGAAACUUGUCGACAAGCUUGGAACAAGCAGUGCGAACACAUCCUGAUGACAAAUUGUUGAAACAGCAUUGCUAGAAGUCUGCUGCAGAUUUGUUACAACUCGUGCGCCCUUACGGUUAUUGGGGGUUACAACAACGUAAAACUAUUAUUGAACUUGCAAUAACAAACAUUGCUACAACAAUUAGUUUCAGCCAUCGUCAUGCAAAAAUCUCGAAAUUCAAUUCACAGAAUAGAAAAAUAACAUUUAAUAUAAUUAACCUUAGAAAUUGUUUACUAACUACAUUACAUGUGUUGUCAAAUGAAGUGAUGUAAUAUAUUCUGCGUACGUUAGAAUAAAAAUAAAAGUUAUAAAAUGGACAUUGUCAAUGAUUAAAAUUUCUUACAGCGCGAGACGGUUGGGAAUAUGUCGACCGUCUAGCUCUCUCCUCCGCAGAGGUUUCAAUGAGCUUUACAUGGCGUUUACCGUAUCGAACCGCUGUGUGGAAGACGCGCAGGCGGAUCUGCGGAGGAGAGAGACCGUUUAGUCCAUACACGAGUCAUGAUUUAGGAACAGUUACUAUUUUUAGACUUUUCGGGUUAGGAUUAUGGUUUGGGUUAGGAUUAUGGUUUGGAUUAGGAUUAAGAUUGGAGUUAGCGUUAAGUUUAAAAUAGAAAAGAAUACAAAAUUACAAAAGUCCAAAAGGUAUAGACCCAUUGCACAUGACGUCACAGCGCCAGUGACGAUGCAUCUGGAGGACAAAUUAGCAAUCUAUGCAUA